GUAAAACAAAACAGUUAGAAAUUAGCAUAACACUUUAUUUUCACUUCUAUCCGCAAUCUAAUUGGCAAUCAAUGAUAGCACUAAAGAUAUAAAAAAUCCAUGCAAGGUCAGUGGCCGCUAUCAAGAUAUCAAAAAUCCAGGCAAGGUCAGUGCCCGCGAUCAGACUUUUUCUCGAGGCUGUAGACAGGUUCAACUGGAAACCAACUCACAUUCUAUGCCUGCUCAAAAAUUUAUAUGUGAACCUGUAAGCGAUCCCUAUACACCGUCUAUUAUAUUACCGGUACGAUAUUUUAUUUUAUUUUCUGCUUUAUUUUAAUUAAGGGCUUUUAUGGGCUUCAGACUAAUAGCGCACAAUUGCUUUUCUAACAGAUAUUCGCUAAUAGGUAGAUACACGAAAGUCGUCUUUUUAAUAGUUAGCAUAAAACAACGACGGCCAUGCCAAACUCUGCUGAUCAUUAUUCGAUCCAACCGGCCUAUCGGCACAGCGACCUGGAGAACAAAUCAAGAGUGUCAGGGAAAAAAAUGAAAGAAUGCUCCGUCUGGGCAUUUGGUUAUGGGUCUAUCAUUUGGAAGGUAGACUUUCCGACUACCGAGUCGUGUGUCGGGUAUGUUCGCGGUUUUGUGCGGAGGUUCUACCAAGGGUCUACGGAUCAUAGGGGAACGCCGGAAAGUCCUGGAAGAGUGGUCACCUUAUUACCUACGGGUAUCGAAGAAGACAAAGUCUGGGGAGUUGCGUAUCGGAUUCCCGAUGAGGAGGUGGAGAGCGUGAUAUCACAUUUGGACUAUAGGGAGAAAGGAGGUUUCACUCGAUCGAAGACGUUGUUCUUUCCUAAAGAUUCAAAGGUAGAACCCUUUGAAAUUAUUGUCUACGUAGCAGUCGAAGGAAAUGUCAAUUAUCUUGGCCCGGCCCCACUGGACGAAAUCGCCCGUACCAUCGCCUUUUCUCGUGGGCCCUCCGGCACCAAUGUUGAGUAUUUGUUCAAUCUUUGCAAAUCUAUGAGAGAGCUUGUGCCCGAGGUUAAGGACGAGCAUCUCUUUACUCUUGAAGCUGGAGUUCGAAAAUUAUUAGCCAGAGAAGAGGAAGCAACACAAUUAAAGCAGGAAAAUCUGAAGCUCCAAAAUCCAAAAGCAUGAUUAUCGAUAGUGAUAAACGAGAUAACGCAGAGAACAGUAAUUGGUGUAGUGCUAUAUUAAUCGACAGUGCUGCUGAGAAAAAUAUAUAAUUCGCGAAUGUGCCUGGUAAUAAUCAGGCACAUUCGCGAAUUAUAUAUAUUUGAAAUUAAUGAAGAUGUAGUCCAUACUAUUUACACAAAAAUAAGGCACGAAAUCCCGAGCUUUGAGACAGUUUAUGAAGAGCCUGGCAAUUAUACUUUUGAGAUAGCAUAAGUUAGCUGCACCACGAAUGAAAUAAAUGGUAUGAAAUACACCACAUGAAAUCGUGUUUAAUAACAAUUUUAGAUGCAUUUGUCGAGUUUUGUUCAUUGACUUUACGGACGAUUCCGGCGUGGUAAAUGGUAUUUCAGACCUUUGGUUACUGGUCAAACAUUAAUUGGCGUAUUACUGGCUUACAACCAUCCCACGUUGUGCAUUUCGAAGAUAUUUUUAGAGCUUAUAAUCAGUGUAUAGUUCUUUACUUAUCACAGUACUACCGCUAUUAAGUACGCCAAUUACAAACAAAAAACGCUUUAGUCCUAAAAACUAACAAAGACUUCCAAAAGGAACAAAGUUUACUUUGUACACAGGCGCAAUCUGGUUCUACCCAACUCAUUUUCACAUUCGCGGCGGUUGGUAAGUGACCAGUUAUUCCGCUGUCGUCGUUCGAGAAUUAAGCUGAUAAUCUCUAUUUAUAUUUAUUCGACUAACUGCAUCGUUGUACAAAAAUUGCUUUAAACAUUUAUAUGGAAUGUUGGAACCAAUCCUUAUUAUCUUCAUAUUAUAGUUUUCAUGGAAAACUAUAAUAUGAAGAAAAAAAAAUGGAAUCCCCUAUUGAGAUCAAUGAUUAAAGGGCUGUUUAUUCCUUCGAUGUACUUCGUAAGGAUUGUCUCAGUCCGGUGACACUUAUGUAAAUGCAUACUAAUUUCAAUGUAUCAGUUUUGGAUAUGCAAUGAAUUUUAUGCAAUGAAUUACAAUGAAUUUUGCAAUGAAUUAACGCGAUAUCGAAAAGAGUACUUCAGUGGAAAAUUCGUUACUAGGUGACCAACUGAUCUGAACCAAAAAUUAAAAUGCUUUUUCUCUCUCGAUCGAAAUACUUGUCAAAAUAAUUUAUCGUUCCAAUCUGCAUCGUUUCUGUUCUCUCU